AUGUCGCGAAAGGAGCGUGAGGGUCCUGAGCCGGAGCCGGAGGCGGGCGACAGCCCCUUCUUCGCAGGGUUGGGCAAGGAUGACCCCCCCGGCAAGGACCCCGACAGGACGGAGGCGCUGCCUGCGGCCCCCCAGCCCGGCGCAGAAGCGGCGCUGGACGGCCAGGCCUCCCGCUACUUUGCAUCACUGGAUGCCAGCGUCGAGAGCCUGCAGCAACGCGCACAACAGCUGAUCGACAGGGUGAACGACAGCCGCAAGGAGGACCACACCGUGAUGAGCGGCUUCAGGGAGAGCCUGCUGCUGAAGGUCUCGGGCCUGGCAGAGCAGCUGGAGGAGCGGCUCUUCCACCUCUAUGGCCUCCACAACGAGCUGAUCCAGGAACGGCUGCAGGAGUUGGCGGAGGUGAUGGAGCGGGUGGGGCAGGCCGAGGCCGAGCUCCAGCAGGUCUGCCGCACCGUGGAGGCGGCCUACCGCGACCUCUGCCUCCAGCCCGAGACCUGA